AUGCCAGCGUAUGGUGAAAAGAAAGGCAAGGCCUCAUCAAGCAAAUCCAAAGACGUCUUUGAUUUUGAAGCAGAUUCUGAUAUCAGUAAACGAGAAGUUGCAGUGAAUGUUACAGGUAAGUUUUGGAAAUAUGCGGACUAUUAGAGAAUAAAGUUAACUAUAGUUAUUACAAAACAAAUAUGCAUCACUAUCAUGCACCUGUAUUACAGUAUACCGAAUCUAGAUUUGACUCCUCUUCAGAAAUGAAAUUUUAACCAAAUUUUACAACAUCGCAGGGAUUUCAGAAAUAUUCUGAGUAGGUGUCUGUUUCGAUAAAGUAGGCGGCUGUUGGGAGGGGGCGGUCUACAGGGUGUCUAAAAAAAACGCUAUGGAAAUUCAACAGGCUGUCGUGCAUCAUAAACGUGGCUAGAUCAAUUCAAUUUUUACAUAUUUAUAAAAUCCAAAACCCCAGGAUUUCCUGGAACCCAUGGCAGGGGAACCGCUAAAUAGGGGUGCACCGGAACCAGCUUUUAAGUUCCGGCCGGAACCGGAUUCGACCGGAACUGCAAAAAAGUUAUUCAAGUCAUCAAGGAGAGAGCUCGCAAAUGUUAGAAUAAAAAGAUUGACAAGCGUUAAACGUCAUAAUGAAGUGUUAAUAUUGUACAUUUCCCUUGCGUAGUCCAAAUUUCUUCCUUCUGUGACCUUUUGUUAGAUACAAAAACAUUUGAUAUUCUAUCUCUCUUAAAACGACAGAGUUCCUGUUCCGGCCAUGCUUUUUUUAUUAGUUCCGGCCGGAACCGGAACUCUAAAAAAUCGGGGCUCCGGGCGGAACUAACCGGCGGGAACCGAGUUCCGGUGCACCCUCACCGCUAAAUAACGGAAUAUACGCAUGGGACUAUUAUUAAUUAAGCCCUUGAAACCUUGUUUAAUAUUAUUUUUAUCCAAGAAACAUGGAUAAAGGUGAGCGGAUCAGGUUAAAAAAUAGGUAAGACACAACAAUGCUCAAAACAAACAUAUUUAGAAAUCCAAGAUGUAUUGUGGAUUAUCCUUUGCAUUGUGGUUAUAGUGGUAUCACUGAUAAAGAUAGCGGCCUCGAAUGAAAAUAUUGAAUGUUUUCGCGAAUAUUUUGCUGUUGGCUAUCGCGCACCUGAGCCUAGCUUUUUUUAAAAGUUCUUGCACGGGUCAGGACAGAAAAUAAGCCAUCUUGAAUAUCACUGAUACCACUAUAACUACAAUGUAAAGCGUUACGAAAACGUAAUAAGGGGGAUCACUAUCAAUUUAAGUGGGGUGUGCAUCAUUUUAGAGAAUGGUCGUGGAAGUAAGAGAGGAAAGAAGAGAUCGUUUGAGACACCAAGUACAGUGGAUUUUUAUGAUUCAAUGGAGGAAGACCAAGAUGAUGAGGCUAAAGGAUGGUAACUAAUUUCAUUGAUUAGAUGUUAUUUCUAACUGUUAUUUAACAAUUAGCCACUGAAGGCGAGGUGAUUACAAACCUAUAUCAGUUCCCUGGGCUACGAAGUGAAUAUAGUCUUGCAUGUGAUCACCGAGCCUGAGGUGACUAAUUGUUUUAGCAUAAAUUCAGUAUUGAAAAAUAACAACAUAUACAAACAGUGCAAAUAUAAUUCACUUCACUCUUCCGCUUUUGAGUCAAACAAAUCCAGCUGUCGGAACCUUGUCGCCCGAACCUUGGAGACUAUCUUUGAAAUAGAAUCCAGAAAUAAAUUUGUAUGAUGUUGAACUGUACCUCAGCGUACACUACUAAACUAUAUUGGGAGUACUACUCCCAAUAUAGUUUGCUCACAGUCGCAUAUAUGCACAUAUAAUAGAAAAACUAACAUUAACAACACAGAAACGUUGGAAAAUAUCAACAAUUAACAUGUAGUUUCUUCCGUUGAAAACGAUUGCAAAUCCUUGUAUGUUUGUUUGUAGUGGCGACAUAGAAAUGCAGAACUUAUUGGCUAGCUUUGGUGGUAAGUGUUUUGAACUUUGGGACGGUCUUUACAAAAAUAUUGGAUGUGCAAACGUAGGCCGCCAAUAUAUUCCAACCUCUCUUUUUUGCAUUUUUGUCUAAUGAAUACAAUCAGGUUUUAUCAGUUUUUAUCGCUGAGUGCUGUAAACGCUACUUGGUUAUAUCGACUAUCUUUCUGAUAUAUUCUGCAUUACAAAGGGUUUGGGUUAUUUUCAUUAAACUUUAUAACAUAUACAUCCUAAAUUAGGCUACGUUUUUACCCAUUUGUGUUGAAGAUGAGUAUUGUCAUGUAUGCAGUCGAUGGAUGAUUUCGUGAGAUGACGUUUAGGUCACAAAUCGCACUAUCGUAUUGUAGCUAACCUAUCCUACAGGUCCUGAUAGAUUUGUCGUUUCAGCGGAGUUUGUUGUGACAAAUCAUUUUCGCUGUCUUUUGUUUAGCUGAUAUUCGUAAAACGAUUGCCACAAAAAAGAAGAAUGUUCAUCAGUUCACAGCAGGCGCACUCAAGACAACCGAUAAGAAAGUUGGUGAAAUUUGGAAGAAACAAAAAUCUGAUAGGUUUGCAUUUUAAGCAAUUUCCAAAAUUUACUAUCCAAAUAGACACCGUUUUGAUUUUAAUAGGCAAUUCCAGCUUUUAAUUUAGACGCGCAGGGGGCGACGGGAAGUAAGGUAUCAUAUUGCUGAUUAUGCUGAAAAAUUUCAAUAAGUUUUUAUUGAAACAACCGAAAUAUUUCCAUAUUUACAAGUAUAAGCUAUGACUCUGUGUUUACACGGCCAUCAUUUUUAUAUCUUCAGCAUAAUCAGCAAUAUGGUACCUUACUUUCCAUCUGCCCUGCACGCAUCUGACUCGUACACAGUCGUCAAUUACGAUUUAUAUAGAUCAGUGGACGGAGGUGUGCGUUGCAUGAUGGGAGCAAUGAAGAAAAAUUGACAUUUUAGACCAAACCAGGAGUAGCUACGAACACGAAGCUGAAAUGUAUUUAAUAGUAAAACUAUAGAGGGCACUCGUAAACUGGAUACAUCCGCCAGCGAGGUGGAGGUGUGCACUCUCCGAGUGUUAUCAUGCUGAUAUGAGAAGUACUAGUUAAAAUAUGAGCAGCUGAUCUUUAUGGGCAUUUACAAUGGCAACUGGCAAGCGCGCAGCGCGAAUAUUUUAAAAAUUAUUUGUUUACUUUAUUGGUAUUCACUGCCCAUGUGGACAAUCAACGCUUCAUUAGCAGGCAUUUCAAAUCUGAAUUAGUAUUGAUAACUUUCAUACACAUCCCUGCUUCUGAAUUAGUAUUGAUAUAAACUUUUCAUAAACAUAUCCCUCUAACCUGACUUUCUGAUCUUUAUUGCCAGUUAUACAAGUAUGCACAUGUGACCUAAAUACCACGUUGUGAUUUGUUCGUAGCCUUAUUAAUUAUUCAUGGUUAAGAAAUGCACACAAUAAUGUAAACGCGGAUGAAAAUGUAACCUCCUGGCGGAGGUAAUGAAUAAUUUCCUUUGAGCUCGUUCAUAAUAUUUAAUGUCACUUAGUACUACAACAUUUUUACAUUUAUGACUGCAAUAUUUUUCUAGGUCAAAGCUUAUUGAGGAAUAUUCAAAGUCUAUUAAAAGUGCCAUGAACCAAUGGGAUAUUGAUGUUGGAAAAUUGAGAGAAAGUGAAGAAGAAUACCAGGUAAAUACCUGUUCCUUCACUAAGAUAUUCUUAUACAAUCACUUUUCACUUUCAAAGUACUUGAUACACCAUUGGAAAUACUGUGAUAUUGUUUUGCAAUGUAAGUUGUAAUUAUGUGGAUACAUGGCGAAUAUAUACUGUAGGUCGUCGUGUGUACAUUAGCGCCCGUAUUAUAAAAGCUCACUCACACUCACACUCAAUGAGUGGAGGAUCAAUCUGAGCUUCUCUUGAGUGUCAAUGCUGUUUUUGAAUACAUAUUAAGGUACGACACUAACCCCCCAGAUAUUCAAAAACCGCAGUCAAUGACACUCGAGAGAAGCUCAGAUUGAACCUCCGCGCUCAUUGAGUGUGAGUGUGCUUUUAGAAUACGGGCGUAAGUUUCGGAAGUAAUAAAAUAUCAUUCCUAGCCAGCCUUUUAUGAACAACUUUAUUUGUUCUGUUGAAUUAUUUUCGGCUUUCCUGCUCAGCAACCUGCUCUUGUACCUGGAUCAAACGAGUUCGUAUCCGUUCGGUGGCAUAAUCAAAUUUGUACGAUUUAUAGUACAGCAGCUAGUAAAUACAGCAGAGGCGUGUGGUCGUAGUAGUGGAUAACGUCAUUUGCUACACCCUAGAGUCAGAGUUUGGAUUUAGGGGCUGGUAUGAUUCGGGCUAGGCAGGACGAGACAGUUGCCAAGAUCCCGCUCGAAAUGCGAACUCUGUUGAGUGUUUAUAAAAUCCCGCCAGAGCUGGAUGACGGGAUCUGUUGCCGGGAUCCCGCCUAGACGAGACGAAAAAUACCCAUAUCAACACUCUAUCCCAGCUAGACGUGGUGAACUUGCCAUCAGAAAUACUAUACGCAUAAACGCGUUUUUGGAAAAAGUAUGACGAUAAGCACUGAGAUGGUCUCCUUCUGGUGAAUAUUUACGGUUAGGUGGGACGAAAACUUUCGGUUACGCCUAGCCGGGAUCAUAUACACAGGGUGACAGGCCUUGAAACAAAAAAAUGCAGUGCAGAAUACGACAUAACUUACAUACAUAAGCCCGAACGUAAAAUUGUAUGUUUAAAUAAGACAAUUGAAACUUCUAAUAAUAUGCAGGCCGGCAUGAAGGAUCUAAUCACACACCGAUAUAAAUGUAUUCAACAGAUAGAUAACAUUUUGCUGUUGUCUGCUCAGUCAGCCGUUCCUUGCGUUAUCAGCAAUAUAGUAUUGUAAUUAUCAACCGUUAUCAGCAAUAAGUUUUUGGGUUGUAACCAUAACCCUAACCCCCACUCUAACCCCCACCCUAACCUCUAACCACUACCACCACCUCCGAUCCAUAAUACGCCAGUUACAUUUAGAACUAAAACUUUUGUCCAAUGCUUGUGGUUUUCUCUUCAUUGACAACCCAAUAACUUAUUGCUGAUAACGGUUGAUAAUUACAGCUCAGUUACAAAGCAUGAUAUCAUACGUUGUAGGAACAAGAAAAUGGCCCAUGAUCCGCUGGGUAUUAAGGCUGCGUUUGGGCGUUUAAACAAAAACGCUACGGCUAGCAUUCAUCGCCACGUUUCUUAGACCCCAUUUAUUACAUGAGAUCGGAACGAAGUCAAACCGGGACCAUUUCGUUUCGGUCACAGUAUUAUUUAUAAUAGAUGUCUACAUUAGACCGGAACGAAAAUAACUCGGACCAGUCUCAAGUCAUUCCGCCUGCUGGACCCGUGUCUGGACCGAGCCGACUGACUUCAGACCGGCAUGAAUUCAGACCGGGAUGAAUGUAAAUUACACAAAUACAUUUCAGACCGGUCUCGGCUGUAACCUUGACAUUGGAACAACACAUGCUAACAAAAGUCAUCUAAAAAAGAAAAUUGCUUGACAAGGGGAAUAAAUUGAAAAUUCUGUGAUUUUCGUACCGGUCUCAUGUAAACAUGUUGACAAUUUUCAUUCCAGUUUGACUUCGUCCCGGUCUCAUGUAAAAGGGGCCUUAGUAUUGACUAAUGUGUUUACAUUAUAACGGUCCGAGUGGUUUUGCCGUUGCAUACCAACUACGGACCACUUUAGGUUUGGCACUCCGGAUGCAAAUCUGUCUCAGUACGUUACGCUAAAUUUGCCAUAGCGUUAAGCCCAUUUUCCACUAGCCGAAUUUGUUCGCGCGAAGCGAAAAACAAAUCUUGGCAAUGUGAUUGGUAGCAAAAAAAAUCGCCCCGAAAAAGUUGAAUCAGUUCCUACUUUUUUACUGUUCGCGCGAACAAAUUCGCCUGGUGGAAAAUGGGCUUAAAGGCUGAUUUCCACCGUUGCGUUUUUUGUACGCACGUAAACGCACGUAAAACUUUGACUCGUUCUAUUUUUUAAAUAUUUUACAAAUAAGUUAACAAAUGCAUACUAAAACUUGCGGAACACUAAAUUAUGUUGCUUUAUUUAUUUGGUUAUUUGAUAAGUAACAUUUAAACGGAUUUAAAGUUUUACGUGCGUACAGUAUACUGUACGUACGCAUGAAAAAGGCAAAAAUAGUGUAAACGUGGCGUAAAUAUUUUACGUCACUGAAAAGGUGUCAUCCAGUGGGCCUGUCCUGUAUGAGAUCAUUGCUCUCGACCAAUGCAUUGUGUGGGAUAUAUACAUGACAAAUGUUUAACUCGAUUUCUAGACAUUGUUCCAGCAGAUGUUCAAAACCAUGCAACAACAGCGAGUUGUUCAAAGUCAGCGUAUUAAAACUGUGCUUCACAUAACUGAACAACUCCAUAAGAGUUUCGAUGAAUUGGAAAAUUGUCAUUUUGAACAACAGAAUAACGUGCAAGGAGAGUUGAAGAAGGAAAUGACUCAGUUACAAAAGAAAAUAAUCAAAGAAACUGUAAGGAAAUUUUAUUACUUUUUGUCGGUACGAUUGAAUGGAGAAACAGGUGCAGCAGCGCCUAUGUGA